AUGGAUUCUCAAUCUCGCAACACGACUACGCGUCCGCCGCAAGACACAACUACACCUCCGCAACACACGGCUGCAAUUCCGCAAAUCAUAAUUUCUCCUCCGCGAGACACGACUCCGCCUCCACUAUUCCCAACUACGCCUCCGCAAGACACUACAGCCUCCCCAAGCAACGAUGAUGCUCCUCUCAAACCCAUCGUCGUCGCUCUUCGACGGUUGCCUAGGACUGGGUACUAUGAGCCUGUCAUGUGGUAUCCAUGCCCCGAUUACCAUUGGAGUAUCACAACUGCGGAGCAACAUGCCUUGCUCCUUUCUCCACAAAUGGCCAAACCAGACCCCCCCUCGCACGUUGAAGAAAUUAUCACACCAUUCUUUUCACUUGACCUUCCUCGCUUUUCCCGGUUAUCGCCAGGUUCCUACCGACCCGAGGGGCCCAUCGUAUUGCGGGGGUACGAAAAACAGUAUCCCAUUGAAAUUGGCCUUGUUGAGACGGAUGAGGCGACUUAG